AGUUAAUCAUUCAUCCCACAACACAGGAAGUGAGCCCUACGCCAGUCCCAGCCCCAGGGCUUCCUGAGCUUGGGGCAGGUCCGCAGUCCACACAUCAUCCAGACAGAGGACGGCCCAGCCCAGCCACAGUUGCUUCUUUAAGUGAGGGUGCAGCUCUGGUCACCUGGUGGCCUUUUCAGCUCAGCCCUCCACAAAGUGUGAGCCUGAAGGACCACCCUGAAUGGCCCUUGUAGGACCCAGAACAGCUACCAGCAGAAUCAGAUUCUCAUGGACCAACUGGUAUUCAAAGAGACAAUCUGGAACGAUGCAUUCUGGCAGAACCCCUGGGACCAGGGGGGCCUGGCAGUGAUUAUCUUAUUCAUCACCGCUGUCCUGCUUCUCAUCUUAUUUGCCGUCGUGUUUGGUUUACUCACUUCCACAGAAAACACUCAGUGUGAAGAGGGUGAAGAGGAGUGACCUGACUUCCUGGGGACUGAGACGGCAGCAGGGGAGGCGAGCUGACCCGCCCCCGUUCCGGUGGUGGCCCCUCCGCGGUUCCCUCUGGCUCAGGGGCCAAGCCCUGGUGUCUUCCUUUCCCACCAGGAAAAAGUCUAGUAAAAUACUGUAUCUGGCUUAGGGUUGGUCAGACUAGUAAGAUGGGGAGGCUGGUCUGAGACCAAUUCUGGCUCCUUGACCCUAUUGUUUUUAGGGUUCCCCGACCAGAACCCUAAAAGCACACGGAGAGGAUGGCUCCACUGCCUCAGGUGGAAGGAGCGAUGCCUAACAAGGUUCUCUAACAGGCUCACAGGCCCAGCCAGCAAUUUCACAAAUCCUUGACAGAGAAAGACACAACCAAAUGAAGUAAAAAUUCCUUUUCAAAUCUGCUAA